AUGUCGAAACCGGGAUUUAAGGAAGUCGAUUUCGGCUCGUCCCCAAAGCACAGCAUCCACACUCCCCCAGAUUCCCCCGAGAAGACCACACAUCCCAAGGACUUCCCGAUUCUUCCCAAGAAGACAGAUGGCCAGGCUAGCACUGGCCAUGCCAGGAAAGAGAGCCGUGGCAAGGGGCUGAGUCUAGGGAGCCUCGAACACAACCUGACCAUCCCCACAUCACCAACCUCCCACAACACAAUCGAGAGAGGAGGGUCUCGCGCAACUCCUUUCGGCGCUUCGCUACCCAUCCCCAAGUCGAAGCGGCAGUCACGGCUAAGCAGCGUCACAUACCCGGCCGAGGCCAAAGAUGCUAUCUCGGGCGUGAAGCCCGGCGUCGUUCAGGCGUCGCGCGAGAUCCUGGCCUCGCAGGUACAAGACGUCUUUGCGCACAAGGUCAAGGCGGCCAAGAACAUGUCCUUCGUCUUCGACAUUGACGGCGUGCUCGUCCAUGGCGACCGGCUCAUCCCACAGGGCCAGAAGACGCUCGACAUGCUCAACGGCAACAACCAGCUGGGCAUCAAGAUCCCGCACAUCUUCUUGACCAACGGCUCCGGCAAGCCCGAGCUGGCACGUACCGAGCAGCUGUCCAAGAUCCUCAAGAACCACAUCGACACGGACCAGUUCAUCCAGAGUCACACGCCGAUGCGGGCGCUGGCCGAAUACUACGAGACGGUGUUGGUGGUCGGCGGCGAGGGCUACCGGUGCCGCGACGUGGCCGAGGAGUACGGGUUCAAGAACAUCAUCGUGCCCAACGACAUUGUGGCGUGGGACCCGUCCAUCGCGCCGUACCGCGUCUUCACCGACGAGGAGCGGGCUUCGUCCCGGCCGCGCGACUUCACGCAGGUCAACAUCGACGCCAUCCUCGUCUUCUCGGACUCACGCGACUACGCGACCGACAUGCAGAUCAUCAUGGACCUGCUGCGGUCCGAGAACGGGCGGCUCGGCACCACGGCCAAGGACCCCGUCUCGCAGCGCAUCCCCAUCUACUUCUCGCAGGGCGACCUGCUGUGCCCGACCGAGCACCCCAUCCCGCGCAUGAGCCAGGGCGCCUUCCGCAUCGGCCUCGAGGCUAUGUACAAGGCCCUGACGGGGGUCGAGCUGGAGCGUGUGGUGUAUGGCAAGCCCGAGCUGGCGACCUACAAGUACGCCGACGAGGUCAUCGCCUCGUGGAUGGAGUCGCUGCACGGCGAGGAGCGCGUGCCUGAGAACAUCUACAUGAUCGGUGACAACCCGGCCUCGGAUAUCGUGGGCGGCAACAUGUACGGCUGGAACACCUGCCUCGUCCGCACUGGUGUGUUCCAGGGCGGUGACAACGACGAGGAGAACCCGGCCAACUUUGGUGUGUUCCCCAACGUGUGGGAGGCGGUGACUGCUGCCUGCCGCAAGCAGCUGGGUGAUGAUUUUGUUUUUGAGUGGGAUGCUCGCGUCGUCAACCCCGUGUUGCACGACACGGCCACCUCGGCAAUCGAGGUUUGA